UUCGAUACUUUCUCUUUCGAUCCGCAAAAGUUUGCGACCGAUUAUCACAGCAUUGGGUUCAGAGAGUGUUCAGCAGAAGUGGCCCGAUAUAUGGUGGCAGUGGAGGGACUCGACCUCCAGGACCCCCUCCGGUUGCGUCUCAUCAGUUUCGAUACUUUUUCUUUCGAUCCACAAAAGUUUGCGACCGAUUAUCACAGCAUUGGGUUCAGAGAGUGUUCAGCAGAAGUGGCCCGAUAUAUGGUGGCAGUGGAGGGACUCGACCUCCAGGACCCCCUCCGGUUGCGUCUCAUCAGUCAUUUGCAGUGCUAUUCCUCCCAAAGAGAGCUGAGUUUGAAAACCAGUGCUUCGGCCACGGGUUGGAAUCCAAGUGCUUUCACGACACCUACCUAUCCAUCCCUGCCAUCGACGCACAGCACCGGUAUGUCUGGGAUGUCGUCAUUUGAAUCGAUGCCACUUCACGGGACGGCAGCCGUUUCGGGUCAAUACACACCCAAUGGACCACAUUUUCAUCAAUCGUUAGUCGACUCAUCCAUAAGUGGAUCCCAAAUGAUGGGUCACUCGUCGGGUCACAAGUCAAGUGCUUCGUCGACAGCAACCAGUUCUUCGUCGAUGUCUUCAAUCCCAUACCAACCCUCGAGUUCGUCAACGAUGGCAACGAUGGGAGCGAUGAGUGCUUCAAAUGCUCACAAUUUCCACAAUCCAUACCUUCCUUCUGCUUAUAUGAGCGGUAAUGGGAGUGGACUUAUGUCUCAACACAACUCAUCAGUGGCCAAACACUACCGUCCCUGGGGCGCUGAACUCGCUUUCUAA